AGCCAUCCGUUUCAGUCAUUCGAUAGUACGGGCGCGGAUUAGUCGAUUCGUUUGUCAGUUGGUUCGUCCGCGUGAAGAUUUGUAGUUGAUUCGUUUCUGAGUUGGGCUGAGGCUAAGACAACUAACGAUGAUGCUUAAAAGAGGCAAUUCUUUUCUUCAAUCUGAGAAACUACAACUAGUCUCAGAGCGAAAGAUGUCGGACCAUACAGGAUCGUUAAAGUUGGCAAUCCAUCACAAUGAUAAAGGAGAAGGAGCUUUAUAUCGGCUAAAGAAAAACUCCCUGGUGCAUGUCCAUCCAGGAGCCUCAUUGUUGGGCCGUCGUGUGGCAAUUUUCUGCAAUUACCCCGCUGAUGGUAAAGACUUCGAUCGCAAGCAGUAUACUCAGCUGAAGUGGUUCUCUCCAACCGGAUCACAGCUCGAAACCGGCAAGUCCAAAUUUUUGUCCAUCAAGGAUGUGGAUUGCUACUGCAAUGUUCAUCUGACUCGUUCGGGGGCAUACCAUUUCUACGUGCUGUACGAAGAAAAGGAACAGGAAGGGCCACAGGCCGGUUUGUACGUUCAGGUGGAGCCUGUCCUUACGAUCGGUGAAGGCGAUGCGUUGACCCAUCUCCCCCUGGAGGCAAUCCGUUGUCAGACGGUAAUUUCCAAGCUCAUGGGACCGCUCCGCACCUGGGAAGCGAAGCUACAGGUUGCCAAGGAGAGUGGCUACAACUUGAUUCAUUUCACUCCGGUUCAGGAAUUGGGUGGAUCGAGAUCGGCGUAUUCGCUCAAAAAUCAAUUGGUAGUGAAUCCGGAGUUCCAGAACGACGAUGCCCAGCCGAUUAGUUUCGAUGAGCUGGAGAAGGUGGUGAAGAAGAUGCGCGAGGAAUGGGGAAUGGCUUCGAUCUGUGACAUCGUACUCAAUCACACUGCCAACGAGUCGAUCUGGAUUCGGGAGUACCCGGAGUGUAGCUACAAUUGUUUCACGUGUCCCCAUUUGAGGCCCGCCUUCAUGUUGGAUGCCUUGUUGGCACGCUUCGGAGACGAUGUGGCCGCUGGAUUGCUCGAGCAUGUGGGUGUUCCACCGUUGGUGGAAACAGCCGAUCAUCUGGAUGCUAUCCGCUGGCAGCUGAAGACGAACUAUUUGCCGCAGGUUAAGCUGCACGAAUUUUAUCAGUGUGAUGUGGAUAAGUAUAUGGCCAGAUUUAACGAUGAAGCCUCGAAGCAGACUCCAACUCCGGCCCAGCAGGUCCCCGAAGGUGACAUUCAGCUCAAGCGGGAUCCCGAGUUCCGUCGACUGGGCGCUGAGAUCGAUUUCGAUCGGGUGAUGAAAAUCUACAAUGUCUUCCGGCAGGAUUGCUUCGACGAGGAUAGUCGCAAGCGAAAGUGUGCCGAGACGCUGCGGGCGAGGCUGCAGUGGUUGAACGAAGAGGUUCGCAAAGAAAUCCAGGGUCACUUGGAUUAUGCCAUCGAGAAUUGUUUGGCGGGAACGCGUUACGAGCGCGUGCAAGGUGACGGACCGCGGGUGAAAGGAAUCUCGGUCAAGUAUCCACUGUUUAUGAAAUAUUUCACCCAGUAUGGUAUAAAGGGUAAAUCGUUGAAGGAUAUUGAAGUGAUGGCAUAUGGGGGUCCAGGCAAGCUGUUUAUGGCACAUAACGGCUGGAUCAUCAAUGGAGACCCGUUGAACGAUUUUGCUCGGCCUCAACCGGGGACGGGAAAUGUUUACCUGAGGCGGGAGCUGAUCGCGUGGGGUGACAGUGUGAAGUUGCGUUACGGUGAUAAACCCGAGGAUAGCCCCUAUCUUUGGAAACACAUGAAGAGCUAUGUUGAUACCACUGCCAGGAUUUUUAACGGCGUGAGAUUGGAUAACUGUCACUCAACACCGCUGCAUGUGGCUGAAUGGCUGCUCGAUUCGGCUCGGAAAGUUAACCCCGAGCUGUACGUUGUGGCUGAGUUGUUUACCAACUCGGAUUAUACCGAUAACAUCUUUGUGAAUCGGUUGGGAAUUACUUCACUCAUUCGAGAGGCCCUCUCCGCAUGGGAUUCUCACGAGGAAGGACGUCUGGUGUACCGUUACGGUGGUGCUCCGGUGGGAGCAUUCUUCCCAUGUCCGAAGCGCAUUCUGGCACCAACUAUCGCGCACGCUUUGUUCCUCGACUUGAGCCACGACAAUCCGUCACCCGUCGAGAAGCGGUCGAUUUUCGACCUGAUUCCAUCGGCGGCCUUAGUCUCGAUGGCUUGCUGUGCCAUUGGCAGUAACCGCGGCUACGAUGAGCUUGUUCCUCACCAUAUUCACGUGGUGGAUGAGGAACGCCAGUAUCAGGAGUGGGGAAAACACGUUACCAAGGGUACGGGGAUUGUCGCGGUGAAGGAAGCACUGAAUCUUCUCCACGGCGGGUUGGCCACUCGUGGGUUCGACCAGGUGUUUGUCGAUCAGAUGCACCCGGAUAUUGUUGCCGUUACCCGACACUCGACCCAGAGCCAUGAAACGGUCAUUCUGGUGGCGCACACUGCCUUCAGCUAUCCGAACGCUUGGGCUGGACCGACCGGAGUUCGGCCGCUACGAUUCGAGGGGAAUCUGGUGGAGAUUGUUUUCGAGGUUCAAAUUUAUAAAAAAACAGGGCAAACGUUCGAUCGCCCGUCGGAGUUCAAGAAGGACGACCAGUACAUAAACGGGGUGGACGAGUACGUGGUCGAUUUGCGCAAGAAUCUCAAACUAGAAGAGUCGGACAUCUUCCGGAAGGAGGCUGUUAUUGACGGAAACACAACUCAGUUGGAUUUUGUCAAUUUGAAGCCAGGGUCGGUGGUAGCAGUUCGUGUGGCCCUGAAGGAACAUAUCAGGCCACACUAUGACAAUUUGCAGGGUUUGAUUCAGGAGUUCCAUCAGGAUAAGGGUUCUCGGUAUGCCGAAUUGCAACGUAUACUCUCGAAGUUGAACUUGGUUGACUUCAACAACUUACUUUAUUGUUGUGCUGAGGAGGAGAGGGACAAUGGUGGCGGUCCUUAUAAUAUUCCCGGUUACGGGGAUUUGGUGUACUGUGGAUUACAAGGUAUUAUUUCAAUCCUGAGUGACAUCGGUCCGAAUAAUGAUUUGGGACACCCGCUGGCAAACAAUUUGCGCACCGGAGAUUGGCUAAUUGAUUAUUGCUCGAAGCGCCUGCAAAACUAUCCCAACCUGACGGAAGUGGGCACCUGGCUGAGUAAGAACCUCGCUUCACUGAAGGAGAUCCCUCGGUACAUGAUUCCGAGCUAUUUCGAUGUUAUCAUCACAGGGGUUCAUCGACUAGCCGUAAAUGCUGCCUGUAAUCUGAUGGCGAAUUUCGUUCGCCAUGGUUCGGCAUUUGGGCGCCGUUUGGCGCUCGGUUCGGUCCAGUGCGUCCGAGUCGCUCCAUCAGCUAACUUGCCAAAGCUUAGCCCGCAUGUUAACCCACCAAAGCCUCCAUUGCAUUGCGCUACAUUGGCUGCGGGAUUGCCACAUUUUGCCACUGGAUAUAUGCGCUGCUGGGGUCGAGAUACGUUCAUUUCCCUGCGUGGAUUGAUGUUCCUCACUGGACGAUUUGAUGAGGCACGUUAUAUGAUUCUUGGAUUCGGAGGAUGUCUGCGGCACGGAUUGAUACCGAAUCUGCUGGAUGGUGGAAUGAACGCUCGGUUCAAUUGCCGGGAUGCUAUCUGGUGGUGGUUGUACUGCAUUCGUCAAUACGUCGAGGAAGCACCCAACGGAAAGGCUAUCCUGAAGGAUAAGGUUUCCCGACUUUAUCCGACGGACGAUUCCGAGGCGAAACAGUCGGGUGAAUGUGAUCAAAUGUUGUACGAGACGAUUCAGGAAGCGCUGCGCGUCCAUUUCCAAGGUCUGUCUUUCCGAGAACGUAACGCUGGAACUCGCAUCGAUGCCCACAUGAAGGAUAAGGGCUUCAACAACCGGAUUGGAAUCAAUCCUGAAACGGGCUUCGUUUUCGGUGGGAACAACGCCAACUGUGGCACGUGGAUGGACAAAAUGGGAUCCAGCGAUAAGGCUGGAAACAGAGGAAUACCUUCCUCGCCAAGGGACGGAUCUGCGGUAGAGUUGGUCGGUCUACAAACGGCUGGUUUGCGGUUUUUGCAGAAAAUGGCGGAGGAAAAAGUUAUUCCAUGCAAUUCAGUGGAACGCUCCUCCACUAAUGGUACGAAGACAACAUGGACGUACAAACAGUGGGCGGACAAAAUCGUCGCGAACUUCGAGAAGGAAUUUUAUGUGGAUGAAAGCUCUGAGAGUCAGUACGUGAAUAAGAAAGGAAUCUAUAAAGAUACUCUUGGGUCGGAGAUUCCGUGGACGGAUUAUCAACUGAGGUGUAACUUUCCCAUUGCACUGGUUGCCGCCCCAGAACUGUGCAAUCCAAAGCAUGCCUGGAGGGCUUUGGAAAAUGCCAAAAAGUAUUUACUGGGUCAACUUGGAAUGAAAACACUGGACUAUGAGGAUUGGGGAUAUCGUGGAAAUUACGACAACUCAAUCGAUAGCGAUGAUAAAACGGUUUCCCAUGGCGCAAAUUAUCACAAUGGCCCCGAGUGGGUUUGGCCGAUCGGAUUCUACCUGAGGGCUAGGUUAAUUUUCGCUAAAGCGAAUGGACUUCUGAAAGAAACCGUCGCCGAAACGUGGUCCAUUUUGCAGACACAUUUAAACGAAUUGCAGCGCUGCCAUUGGCGCGGUCUAGCGGAGCUCACAAACGAGAACGGAGCUUACUGUAAGGACUCCUGUCGGACACAGGCUUGGAGUAUGGGUUGCGUCCUCGAAGUACUGUAUGAUUUGGAGAAAUACGAGAAAGAGCUAUAAAGUCAAGCAUCUGUUUCAAUCAUGAGAAACUUUUCAAUUAGAAAUGUGGAAUAAGCCUGAAGCUUUAAACCUGAGACAAACUCUGGGGAAUUCAUUAAAUUAUUUAUGCAAGUGUACGCUGUUUCAACAUCGGAUUUUUUGUAUAUUUGUUAAGUUUGCAAAAUUAUAUAUUUAUUCCCGUAUAGCCUUUUAAUGUUAACCCUGGUGGGAGCACAGCAUAUCUAUAGUGAACUCCAACUGUUCCGGACAGAAGAAAAAUGCAAAAACUUUUGUGUGCGCAUGUAGCACAAAUUGAAAUACAAUUUUAAAAUUCAA